ACCAAGAGACUGCGGACACAGUACAGGAGGUGACCAGAGACUGCGGACACAGUACAGGGGAUGACCAGAGACUGCAGACAGUACAGGGGAUGACCAGAGACUGCGGACACAGUACAGGGGAUGAACAAGAGACUGCAGACAGUACAGGGGAUGACCAGAGACUGCGGACACGGUACAGGAGACGACCAGAGACUGCGGACACGGUACAGGAGAGACGACCAGAGACUGCAGACACGGUACAGGAGACGACCAGAGACUGCGGACACAGUACAGGAGACGACCAGAGACUGCGGACACAGUACAGGAGACGACCAGAGACUGCGGACACAGUACAGGACAUGACCAGA